AUGAAUACAAUACAAAUUCUUUCAGAACUACAAGUGCUGGUUAGUCCAGCAGCAGUGAAGGAGGGAGACAACGUAACACUGACCUGCAGCACCACCUGCAGUCUGAGUACCAACCCCUCCUACAUCUGGUACAGGAACUCACAGCCUCUGAGUAACUCAAACACAACCAGCAGCAACACGCUGUCCGUAGCCUCAGUGAGCAGAGUGGAGGAUGCUGAUUUUUAUUCCUGUGCUGUAAGAGGACAUGAGGAUCACCCAUCACCAUCUGUGUGUGUUCCGAGUGGCUGGAGUGUGACCUACACCCCACAGAGCAUCUGUGCAUUGAAGGGCUCCUCAGUGGAGCUCCACAGCUAUUACACAUACCCUUGUGAUCAUACAGUCACAAAGGCUUUCUGGUUUACCACACUCGUGGAUGGCACAGGAAAGGAGGAUUUGAGUGGGGAUGAACGCUAUCAGGAUCGUGUGAAUUAUACUGAAAAUAACAAAAAUAGCCACACUCUGAGCAUAAGACACCUGAACCUUGGCGAUGCAAAAUCAUACACCUUCAGAUUUAUAACGGAUAAAGGAGGGAAAUAUUCUGGUGAAAAUGUUGAAGUCACAGUUACAGAGCUGCAAGUGCAGGUUAGUCCUGCAACAGUGAAGGAGGGAGAUGCAGUGACACUGACCUGCAGCACCACCUGCAGUCUGAGUACCAACCCCACCUACAUCUGGUACAGGAACUCACAGCCUCUGAGUUACACAGCUAACAAUAACACCCUGUCCAUAACCUCAUUUAGCAAAGAGGAUGCUGGUUAUUACUCCUGUGCUGUAAGAGGCCAUGAGGAUCACCCAUCACCAUCUGUGUGUGUUCUGAGUUGCUGGAGUGUGACCUACACAUCACAGAGCAUUUGUGCCUUGAAGGGCUCCUCAGUGGAGCUCCACAGCUAUUACACAUACCCUCAAGAUCAUACAGUCACAAAGGCAUUCUGGUUUACCACACUCGUGGAUGGCACAGGAAAGGAGGAUUUGAGUAGGGAUGAACACUAUCAGGGUCGUCUGGAUUAUACUGAAAAUAGCAAGAAUAGCCACACUCUGACCAUUAGAAACCUGAACCUUGAUGAUGCAAAAUCGUACACCUUCAGAUUUAUAACUGAUCAAACAGGAGGAAAAUAUUCUGGUGCAACUGUUGAACUCACAGUUACAGAACUGCAAGCGCUGGUUAGUCCAGCAACAGUGAAGGAGGGAGACAAUGUGACACUGACCUGCAGCACCACCUGCAGUCUGAGUACCAACCCCUCCUACAUCUGGUACAGGAACUCACAGCCUCUGAGUAACUCACACACAGCUAACAACACGCUGGCUAUAGACUCCAUUAGCCCUGAAGAUGCAGGCAAAUACUCCUGUGCUGUCAUGGGACAUGAGAUUCACAAAUCACCUGAAGUGAUUCUUGAUGUCAGAUAUGCUCCAAAACAGACCUCGGCGUCAGUCAGUCCCUCUGGUGACAUAGUGGAGGGCAGUUCAGUGACUCUGACCUGCAGCAGUGAUGCCAACCCACCAGUGCACACCUACACCUGGUACAAGAUGCUUGAAGAUCACUCUUCACAAGUUGGAUCAAAUCAGAAUCACAACCUUGUCAACAUCAGCUCUGAGCAGAGUGGACUCUACUACUGUGUGGCUGAGAAUGAGAUUGGGAAACACAAUUCUUCAGCAGUGCACAUAAAUGUAACCUAUGCUCCAAGAAACACCUCAGUAUCAGUCAGUCCCUCUGGUGAUAUAGAAGAGGGCAGUUCAGUGACUCUGACCUGCAGCAGUGAUGCCAACCCACCAGUGCACACCUACACCUGGUACAGAAGGAAGAAUGGCUCUGAAUCCUCAUGGAUUGGACAAGAACAAUCUUACAGCAUCACUAACAUCAGCACUGAGCACAGUGGGCUCAGGAAGAAUAGGUCUGAAUCUACAAGGAUCGGAGAAGGGCAUACGUACAACAUCACUAACAUCAGCAGUGAGCGCAGUGGACUCAGGAAGAAUAGGGCAUACGUACAACAUCACCAAUACCAGCAAUAG